CUUGUUAAUGUGUCUUUCUUUUUUUCUUUUUUUUUUUUUUUCCUGGGUUGCUUUCGUUUUCGGAUGUCCUAAUCUGCAUUCCGUUUUUGGGUUGUCUCAAUGCGACUUUGGAUGUUUCUGGUUAUUUGAUUGCUUUACUCUUCGCGUUUGUUGUUGUUGUUAUUCUAUUAUCUAUAGGCUUCAGUUUUCUUUUAGCUUAGUUUUUGUUUGGGGUUCUGGGUUUAGAAAGGUUGUUGGUAACAGAAAUAUAAAGUUGGAUAUGAGUUUCUACACGGUUUAGUUUUUCUUUAAUGGUAAUUGAAUUGGUUCCAUUGGGGGUUUAGUUAGUGCCAAUGUGUUUGCUGUUUUGUCUUCUUCAUUCUUUCCAUUGGUUUUCACUCAUGAUUCUGAACUCUUGGAGGUAUUUCAUGAAGUGCUCAAUAUCAUCCAUGUUCUUAGUCUUUUUCUCUUUUGGGUGUUCUGGUUUUUGGCUAAUAAUCUUUGGAUCAAUGGACAGAAUAUUGGAUAAUGAAUUGAGAUGCUUUCUUUUUCUUUUAGAGAAGCAUCUAUGUGUUAGUUGAUAUAGAUUUAUUUGCCAAUUCAUUAUUGGAGGAAACAAGCUGGUUCUCAAAAAUAAAAAAAAGAAAAAAAAGAAAAAUUUGGCAGAGUUAUUGAAAACUGUUUUCUUUUUGGUUUCCCUUUUGCGCCACCCGUUUUGGUUAUUGCAAUAUGCGAAAUGUUAACGAAAGUAGUUCUUAUCCCCUUUUUUGUGAUAGUGGGUGCUUCGUAGUUCCUUUUAUAGACUUGUUUUUUGCCAGUCUUAUCUUGGCACAAUCUGGCUUGAAAGGAAUAGGAGGAUUGUCAAAAGUGCUUUUGAAGUUCUUUCUUGCAUUCUAUUGAUAAAAAUGUCAUCUGCAAAUCCUUAUUUUGAUGACAUUCGGACCAAACCUGAGGUUAUUGAUCCUCCCCAAGAUGAUGACAUGAUGGAUGUUAGUGAAAGUGUGAGUGAUCCUGCUCGAAAUGGAGGAAAACCUAACGUUGCUGUCUCUAGCAGUGUUCGUGAGCUGUUGGAGUGCCCUGUUUGCUUAAAUGCUAUGUACCCUCCCAUUCAUCAGUGUUCGAACGGUCACACGUUGUGUUCCGGUUGCAAGCCUAGGGUGCACAACCGAUGUCCAACCUGCAGGCAUGAACUUGGCAAUAUCAGAUGUCUUGCAUUAGAGAAGGUGGCUGCAUCUCUGGAACUUCCAUGUAAAUAUCAAACUUUUGGAUGUGCAGGCAUAUACCCAUACUAUAGCAAGCUGAAACAUGAAUCUCAAUGUGUGUAUCGACCAUAUAACUGUCCAUAUGCGGGAUCGGAAUGCACAGUUAUCGGUGAUAUUCCAUUUUUGGUAGCCCACCUCAAGGAUGAUCACAAAGUUGACAUGCAUAAUGGGAGCACAUUCAAUCACCGUUAUGUCAAGUCAAAUCCGCAAGAGGUCGAAAAUGCCACCUGGAUGUUAACGGUUUUCAGCUGUUUUGGUCAAUACUUUUGUUUACAUUUCGAAGCUUUUCAGCUCGGAAUGGCUCCCGUUUACAUAGCUUUCUUGCGGUUUAUGGGCGACGAUAAUGAAGCAAAGAACUACAGUUAUAGUCUUGAGGUUGGUGGAAAUGGGAGGAAGAUGGUGUGGCAAGGAGUGCCAAGGAGUAUUCGGGACAGUCAUCGGAAGGUCCGAGACAGUUUUGACGGUCUUAUUAUCCAACGUAAUAUGGCACUCUUCUUCUCGGGGGGAGAUCGGAAAGAAUUGAAACUCAGGGUAACUGGUAGGAUUUGGAAGGAGCAGUAAUAGUCUGUUUCUGAUCACUUUUUCCUGAUCUAUGUUUAGAUCCUUAGAAAGUAAAAGUAGGCUAAUUAGAGUUAUGAUAUAAUAGAUCUCCAAUCAUGCAAUGUGUAGUUAUUUUAUUUUUAGUUUCAAUAUUCAAAGGGGCAAACUCUGUUUGCUUGUGGGAGAAAUCAAAUACAUGAACUGGACUGCAAAAACCUGUGUUCUUCACUCUUGCAAGAGAGGUGUUCUGUUAUUUUUCUCUUUAUUAUUAUUA